AUGAUAGGCCUGGCUGAGCGACUGGAGGCUAUUUCCGAACUGGGCUUCACAAUUUACGCAGAUGACAUCACGUUAUGGACUGCAUCACGACCAAUUGAUGAGCAGCAGGAGACCCUACAGGCGGCACUUGACGUUAUUGACCACUACCUGCCACAAACUGGCAUGCGGCCAUCUCCAGAGAAGACAACCUAUGUGGUGAUCCGAGGUUCAACGCAGGACGAAGCAGCCCUCACGCUCACUCUCGCAGGCAAAACGCUGCAGCGAGCAGAAAAAUCAGUGCGCGUUCUCGGUAUACCUAUUGACCGCAAAGGCACAGCGGAUGCGUGGCUCGCAGACCUUCGUCGGACGUGGCAUAACACUCUGCACCUCAUAAAACGAAUCUGUUUCCGCAUGGGCGGUGCUGGUACCGACGUAUGCCGAAAGCUUGUUAGUGCUUUGCUGACAUCCCGAGCGAUAUAUGGAGCGCGCUGUUAUGACCUGCUUGCUCGGCAUUGGACACAGCUAGAGGUACUCCACAGAUCAGCUCUCCGUGUUAUCACUGGGCUCCCAAAACACACACGUGUCGAGGAGCUACAUCGCUAUGCGAAGUUGCCUACCCUCCGUGCAACCAUCGAAGCAUCGAAGGCAGGACACGAGGAACGCCUGAAGCACACCAGACAAGGCAGGACUCUACUGGCCUACAUGGGAAAGGAUAUAUCAACUUUGCCACAACUGCCAUCCGACAUCUCACCGUGGGAUGACAUUGCUGUCGUCGACACUACACCAACGCCCCGAAACAUGGGUGCCCAACAUGUGCACCGCCGAGCAGCAUUUGCUGCGCGUCAUGUGCAGACAGUCGCAGACGCACCGCCAAGUCAUGAACAAGUGUACACUGACGCAGCUUUCGACCCACGCACCAGCGAAGGAGCAGUCGCCUACCACGUAGUGGGUUCUUGUGAGACACAUUCUACCUUUACAACUGCUGAUGCUGACGACCCAACGGACCUUGAACUCCGCGCAAUAGUCUGGGCAUUAGAUAGAGUCUCAAGCACCACGCAAGCAAAACACAUCGAUAUAUACACCGACUCUCAGUAUGCGCUGCACGCCUUCUGA